AUGGCCGAACUUGUUCCGUAUUUCGAUGGGAUGCAGCAAGGGCAGGGAUACAAUACCUACCUUCAGCAAAUUGGUCUCGCUGACGCUGUCACUGUCACCUCUGGUCCGUCAGAGUCCGAAACUUACGACCUCUUCUAUUGGAGCGAAAGAAUCGACGACUAUACUAAACUUGCGCGGUCCUUGGAGAUAACCGCUGGCGCUGCUAUUUCAGGCUGGGGGCAGUUGUCUCAGAUCGACGCUAGCUACCUUGACCGGCUAAGUUUUGAAAGCAGCACGGUGACUUAUCAAGUUCAGGUAUCAUCCAGGCAGCAAGCAUCGAUUGGGAAUACGUAUACUUUCAAUCAGAUCAGCACCGAUACCCCGAACACCUUGUAUGGAGAUCGUUUCAUUGCAGACUUCAUCCGAGGUGGUCAGUACUUUGCCCGCGUCUCCAUUACCGCGGUCAACCAAUCCACCAGUGAAGAGGUCAAACAGGCAGCCGAGGUUGCUUUCUCGAUGUACGGGGUCUCCGGGACCGUCACAGACGAAGUGAAAAAGGCCGUGGAGACAAUCAACAGACAUUCCCGUGUUACUGUCUGGAUCCAUACUUCUGGAGGCGGGGGUCGGGCUGGGAAAAUCCAUGCAGAACCUCACGACAGUGACGACUCACCACUCUUGGAGAUCAAGGAAGGCGCGGAUAAUUUCUACCAGGAGUUGAGGGAGGGCAAGCAUAGAUACAGACGAUUUGCACUCCUGUGGAAAUACACCAACGUCCCGAAUUUCAACAGUGCAUUCACCCCUUUUGACUACACUGUCGCCAACCAGAGGAGCUGGUACCUCUUUGAAGACUUCACACAGUACGAUGCAUACAUUGAGCUUGUCAGGAAGAUUCCAGUCCAAAAGUUCAACAACGGCAGAGAGCAACAGGCCGAGCUGUAUGAGGAAGGCACGAACAUACUUACAUUGAUCCGGUCCAAAGUCCAAGCAAUCAACGAAAACCCGGAGGAAGUGAACACACCACUUUCAUACCCCUACCCAACGGAGUAUAAGAAAAUAGUCCUACUGGCUAUCAAAACAGUUACAAUGAUAGCUCAAGAAAGAACCCUCGACAACGGCAGCUUCAGUGACAUUGCACUACCCACUCUCCUCGGAAACGCCCGAACCCUCUUCAAGUUCCAAACAUACGACUUUGACACUGGGUUCGGCAAUACGGUUAUCUCCUUUGGAAGGAGAGACUCAUCAUUCAUAUGCCUAAGCGGCCAGCGAGUAUCCGAUGGCUACCAGGAAGAAAGCGUCUUCUGGGCAUUUGAACUCCCGGUAGAGGAAGUUUCAGCCGAUCAUGUCUAUGUGGGGAGAAUGCAAACGAAGGACUUGCUUCUUUUGAGUCGGACGAACCCUGGUCCUAGGCCUUUGUUGACUUUCUAUGCUAAGAGUAAUUGGUGA